UUCAAGUACGGCAUUUUUUAAUAUUUUUUUUCUGGAAAAUAUCGGAUUUAAGCAAGAAGAAGUCCAGCAAAAGAGGUUUCAAGUCGUUACGGAGUCACAGCCAAGCAUUUUUAUGCAACAAAUUGUGCUGGAAACGUUUUGUUUGUCGUUUGAAACGUAAAAAAGGCGAAAUUCUCUACCGUCAAGAACAUUCGCGGAGCAACACAAAGCACGAGAACGAAUUUUUUACCAUCAUCAUCACGCAUCGCACGCGAAAUCUUCGCAAAAAAUGGCAUCUCCCGCAAACACAGACGCCAUCAUGCAGGGCAGAGACUUGCACAAGAUCCUGCAGCUGUGGGAGGAAAAACACUCGACGUCUGGCUACGAUCCCGAGCCCGUAGUGACGAGAAUCGCGGAAAUUUUGGAAGAAGAGACGGCAAUUUACAUGCGAAAAGAUCCGGAUCCCUUCGAUGAGCGUCAUCCGUCGCGCCAUUACCCCGAAUGCGAGUUGGGCAAGAUGCUGAAGCUCCUUUUUCGCAAAGACACCUUCAUGACACGUCUCGUGAACGACUAUUUGCGCGACAAUUACUUCACAAAUCUCCAAAAUAUCCAGCAGAGCAGCAAUAAUUUGAAUAUAGCAGCAAGUCGAUUAAUUCUCGUCAUUAUGCCGGGUCUUGAAACGUCAGCGGUGUUCCAGAUGGAGUUUGAUCAACUCAUAACGCGACUUUAUUCGUGGGCAGAAAAUGCAGAAGAACCUUUAAGGAGUUAUUCCGUGGGGUUAUUGGGCGCUGCGAUGGAUGUGCAGGAAAUUACCGUCGGAUUUCGUGAGCAUAACAUCCGAUUAAUGCCAAAGAUGCUCGAAAGGCUGAGGAUGUUGCAAACGACGUUUAAAGCAGCGCGUGAAUGUAAUAAUGGAGGCGAAGGAACAUCGAUGCAGACACCAACGAAGGCAUUUACGGACCUGAGUCUCGACGGGCAUGACGAUGAAAAUGCCAAAAGUAAUCCGGCGCCGAAGGAGAGCACAAGUAAUUACAAUACAGAACGUCCUUUUGCGCAUUUGGGCGGCGGAAGUGCUCCAUCGAGUCCUGAUGCGUGCAGUAAGGGAAUCGCUAGUCCCAAAAUGAAUGGAAUGUCCCAAAAAUUCCCGAACGUCAUAGAUCUGAACGCAUUAUUCCGCAACGAAGCCAGUCAGGGAGGCACCUCCGAUCGAACAUCCGGUUAUGUUCGCAACAUGAUCCCCAUCUACCCACCUACCAUCGAAACGAGUCAAAUGUUAAUUCUUCGUUACCUGACCCCGAUGGGCGAAUACCAAGAAUUCCUGCCGUGCAUUUUCGAGCAUCAAGCGAUGGGCCUAAUUUUCCGCUACAUCGACAACAUCGAUCCCAAAGACACGUGUCUCGCCUUCGAAGCUCUCAAGUAUCUCGCCUCGCUUUUAUGCCACAAAAAAUUCACGCUGGAAUUUCUGUCGCAUGGCGGCUUAGAACGUCUUUUACGGGUGCCAAGACCUUCGUUAGCGGCAACUGGCGUAUCGGUUGCCUUUUAUUACCUUGCGUAUUGCGAAGAAGCGAUGGAACGAAUUUGCACGAUGUCACCGAAAAUCAUCGAGCAACUCGUUUCGUAUGAAUUGUCACUGUUGGGAUGCAAUCACGACUCGGGCAGAUGUCACGCAACAAUGUUCUUCGGAUUGUCGUUUCAGUUUAAGAUCAUGUUGGAUGAGUUUGAUCGACAGGAUGGCUUGAGGAAAUUGGUGAAUGUGAUUUCAGUUCUUCCGAUUUUGUCAAAUAGUGAAGAUUACAGUUUGAAUGAUGAUGAACAAUGUGCAGCAAGACAAGUUAUGCGACAUGUUUGUGUUACGCUGAAGAAAUAUUUUGAGAGUCAUCUUUUCUACAAGUACAAUCAAGUUACGCGACAACAGAAUUUACAUGUUUUAUCGACACCGGCAGUUGUAACGAAGGCACCCAAAAACAGCAUCGAUGUCAUCAACGAACAAAUCAGAUCCCUACAAGAAAUCAUCCCGAUGCGUUCUCAAUGGCCUCCGAUGGAUGAAUUCAUCAGACUUGGCGGUGUCACGUUACUACUUCGAAUUGUCGCUCUCGCCUACGACUGGAACGGUUCUCGAACUUGCAUUUCUGAAACAGCUCGAUCCGCGCUCGACGUCUUAAACAUCGGUUGCGUCGUUUCCAAAGUUCAACAAAUUUUCUGCGAACGAAUAGAUUUCCCCGAUUCUGCGAGUGUUGCCGGCAUCAGUAUCAUCUUAGGCGCUGCUGAAGGCGAAGUUGGUCCUGACCCCGAUGUGCAACGAUCUGCCUUGAGUGUUCUUGUCAACAGCAUUUGUGCGCCCGUGAAUCGACCCAGCGGAGCUGUCGCACGUUACGGAAGUGCCAAGAAAAAAACCUCAAACAAGAGUUCGGAGGAGCAAAUCCAAAAAAUUUGGGAAAGUGUGCGUUCGAACAACGGAAUUAUCGUUUUACUUCAAAUGAUGCAGAUAAAAACUCCGAUUACCGAUGCGGAUUGUAUUCGUGGGAUGGCAUGUCGAGCUCUUGCGGGUCUCGCGAGAUCAGAAACCGUCAGACAAAUCAUCGGAAAGUUACCUCUUUUCACAAGCGGACAACUUCAAACGUUAAUGCGCGAUCCAAUUCUGCAGGAAAAACGCGCGGAACACGUGCAAUUCCAAAAAUACGCUUUAGAGCUGAUGGAACGUGUCUCCGGUCGAACGAAACCCUCCAUGAGCGAAGCUGAUGUCUCGUUAAUUAACAUUCACAAGGCCAAUGUCGUGGCACAAACGAAAAUUCAGUUCAACGAACAGCAGUUAAAUCAAUUAAUUUAUCAGCAUUUGAUGGCGCGCGGUAUGCAAGACACUGCCGCAUGCCUAAUUAAGGAAGCACAACUCAAAAACGUCCCUUUUGCACCAAAACCUCAAAUGCCAUUGUCACCAUUUCCCUUUAGAUCGCCCGCUAAUGCGAUUUUACCGGCGCGAAGUCGUUUAAUUCGCGGUAAAAACCUCGAACAUAGUUAUCCCGCGACGAGUUCGAAUGCCAUGGAUACCACAGUUGCCAAUAAUUUAACAGUAAAUGAACCGGAAGAAAGUAUCGCAGCUGCCAGUACGCCCAUUAAGCUCAUAAAAAAGAAUUCCGGAGGCAAUAGUAAUAACAACAACAACAACAGUAGCUUAGUUCAUGCCAACCAAACGAACCAUCAGAGGUCGUUGCAAAAGCAAGUGACGUCAGAAACGUUUUUAACGCCGCGCAAUGCCCCCGAGCAACAACCAAACAUAACUUUAGACAACAUAAUAGCCGAAUUCCUUACCAAUCAGCACUCCUUGUGUAAACAUCCGAUGUCAACUUGUCCGCAAUUCGAUCUUUUCAAGCCACACAAAUGCCCUGAACCGCGUCCCCACAAAGUUUCCGGCCUUAAUACGAAUUUCGCGGCACGCUAUGUGCAACGCCAGCUUGGAUUUAAUUCACAAAAACUCGAUCGACGCUUGGUUCACACGAAUUUCACCUCGAGCAAGGUCAUUCGAACGGAUACCGACACGCAAUUUACGUGUGUCGAUUUCACGCCUUGCACGUCGCAGCUCGUUGUCGGGAUGCAAAGUGGCGAAGUGAAGUGUUUCACGAUACACGAUGGCGCCGAGGAAUGGAGUUACAACUGCCACGAAUCGAAUAUCGUUGGUUUGAAAAUGAGUCGUGAUGGAAGAUUUUUACUGACUUCGUCGACAUGGCGAUCGCCCCUUUCCGCGCUGUGGCUCGUAGACAAUAAACAAGUAACGCCGAAACAACAAUGGGAGGACGAAGAAUUCUGUGAAUUUAGUAACGUAGUGCAAGAUAAGGUCCUUGGAACAAAGUCGGAAAUGGCGACAAUUUACGAUUUAAAUACGGGACAAAAAAUUGCGAGCUUCGUGCCUCAAAUUUACAAUCAGUACAAUAAGAAUCGAGCUACUUUUGAUCCCACAGAUGAGUUAAUUUUGUCAGAUGGAGUGUUAUGGGACGUGAGAUCAGGUCGUGAUAUCCACAAAUUUGACAAAUUAAAUCAAAAUUUGAGCGGCGUCUUUCAUCCGAACGGUUUGGAGGUCAUUUCGAACACGGAAGUCUGGGAUUUGAGGACAUUCCAUCUGCUGCGAACCGUAAACACGAUCGAACAGUGCCAACUAAAGUUCUCCGCGCAAAAUGUCAUGUACGCCAUUUCGUACGAAGUCGACAAUAACAUGGAUAUGGACAAUUACAACAGCUACGACACGAGUUUUAAGGUGCUCGAUAGUCUGGAUUACUCGAGUAUCGCGACCGUGGAUGUCAAACGGAACAUUUACGACUUGUGCGUAAAUAGAUUUGGCACGAAAAUUGCUGUGGUAGAGAAUCAAGGGGGAUAUGCGACUACCGAGGAGUCUGUUGUCAAAAUUUACAGCGUUGGGCGGAAGAAGCACAACGAAGACGAGAUGGAAGAGGAAGAUGACGAACCAACAGAUGGAUCGGAUCAAAGUGACUCCGAUAAUGAUCACGAUUCAGAUAAUGAUGAUUUCGAUAUGGAUCCGUCGGCAAACAAUCGACGAAGGCGCAAUCGGAACGACGGCAACAACCAAAAUGAGGACCAAAAUGAUGACGAGGAAGAUUCAGAUUCAUCAGACGACGACGAUUCUGACGACAAUUCUGCGGGCAGUGAUUCAUGGGAAACUGAUUCCGAUAUUGAAGCCAUUUUAGAAUUUGAUGGUUUAAUGUAAUUCGAAAUCCAAAUCCACAAAAAGACAUGCGAGCUUCUCUGUUUUUUUAAAAAAAGAAAAUUAAAGUUUUUUUAUACGGAAAAAAAAUAAUAUUUGCUUUAAAACUUUUUUGAAUUUUCUUUUUCUUUCCUAAAAAAAAAUAUUAAAAAAUUGAGCCAAAAUUUUUCGAGAAAAAAAAAGUUUACUGAAGAAAGUUGAUGUAAAAAUGUAAUAAUAUUAUUUUUUAAAUAAAAUAUUAAGUUAAAUAAAUGGAAAA